UUCCAAGUUCUCUUUACUAUUAUAUGUUACAGUGGACCACUAAAAAUUUCAUUUUAACCUACUUUUUCACAUUAAUAUCCACUCAUGAGUACCUACCAAUAAACCGAAUACCCGAAUGGAAGUCCAAAAUUAACGGUAACAUUGGACCAUCGUUCGGUCAGCCUGAACAGAUCCACUUGGCUUAUGGAGGGGAUCCUACUAGUUAUUCGAUUACUUGGAUGACCUAUGAUGAUACUUUAAAAUCAAUUGUGGAGUACGGUACUGAUAUCAGUGAUUUGGAGCACUCCGUGGAAGGAAGGUGUGCUGUGUUUUUAGAUGGACAAAAGCAUAGUGUCUGGAGAUAUAUUCAUCGGGUUAAUUUGACCGGUUUAGUGCCUGGCACUCGAUAUUUUUAUCAUGUUGGCUCUGACCAUGGCUGGAGCCCAAUAUUCUUUUUCACAGCUCUAAAAGAGCGUGAGGACGGUGGAUUUAUUUACGCAGUCUAUGGAGAUCUGGGGGUCGAGAACGGGCGAUCUCUGGGACAUAUUCAGAAAAUGGCACAAAAAGGGCAACUCGAUAUGGUUUUACACGUUGGAGAUUUCGCGUACAACAUGGACGAGUCGAAUGGAGAGACUGGCGAUGAGUUCUUCCGUCAAAUUGAACCAGUUGCAGGGUAUAUUCCGUAUAUGGCGACUGUGGGGAAUCAUGAGUAUUACAAUAAUUUCACGCAUUAUGUAAAUCGGUUCACUAUGCCCAAUUCGGAGCACAAUUUGUUUUAUAGCUAUGACGUUGGCCCAGUGCACUUUGUUGUAUUCUCCACCGAAUUCUACUUCUACACACAAUGGGGAUACCAUCAAAUGGAAAAUCAGUACAAUUGGUUGAUCAAUGACUUGAAGAAAGCCAACUCCAAUCGCCACAAUAUCCCAUGGAUCAUAACCAUGGGCCAUCGACCCAUGUAUUGUUCGGAUUUCGACGGCGAUGAUUGUACGAAAUAUGAAUCUGUGAUUCGAACGGGCCUUCCAUUGACUCAUGGAUACGCGCUGGAAAAGUUGUUCUACGAAUAUGGCGUCGAUGUGGAGCUAUGGGCACACGAGCACAGUUACGAGAGGCUAUGGCCGGUGUACAAUCGAACUGUGUAUAAUGGGACACGGCAUCCAUAUGUGGAUCCGCCGGCGCCUGUACACAUUAUCACGGGAUCGGCGGGUUGCCGAGAAAACACGGACGUCUUCGUUGAGCAUCCGCCUCCAUGGAGUGCCGUAAGAUCCACUGAUUAUGGUUUUGGAGUGAUGAGGGUUUACAACUCGACCCACUUGAACUUCAAGCAGAUAAAUGUAGCGCAGGAAGGCAAAAUAGACGACGACUUCUGGGUUGUAAAGUCAUCGCCGAAGCACCAUAGGCCGUUCAAGCAUCGUGAUUUGAAACGUCUUAGAACUUAUGGAACCCAUAUUCCAAAACAUCAUUGUCAUCACAAAUCACAUUGUGAUAAGACGAGAAGACGGAGAAAACAUUCAAGGCAUUCCCAUGUGGAAAUUUGAAAUUUGCCUGUUCAACUGAUGUUUUUUUUUUGUAAAAAUGGAAUAAACAUUGUGAUU